AGAAGACAACGGCUCCUCUUCUGGUGCUUCUGAAAGCGGUAUCCAGUUACGGCUAAAAAUGGAAGAUCACUAUUCUGACAAUAGAUUUUGUUUUUCAAUUUCACUAUCCUGAAUCAGUAGUAAGAGUAGGUGAAGUGCAAGUGUCCUGAGUGAGGACGUAGAUGACGUUCCACUUAGCUAUUCUUCCAGCUGAAUGAUCUAAAGGGGAAAUCAACAGCAAGAGGACGAAAGACGGCACUUAAGAACUCACUCACCGCGGAUUCGGAAGUGAUCAUCGACUACCUUUAAUCCAAGUUCGUCCGAAUACAGCUCCAGAUGGCGAAGGCAAUGCUUCUAGCGGACGCACGCCAAAAGUGGAUGCCGAAAAGGAGAAGCUACGGAGACUAGUGGCGAAACGAUUGCGACACGAUGAGUCUCUGCAAUGUAGCGUGAGAGCUUUGAAAGCUCAGGAAGCAUUAAUGGAAGCAGACGCUUUUCUUGUUAUGGAGGAUCUUCGCCCUCAACUUCAUUGAUUCUUUUUCUUGGCAGGCACAAAGAGAAAAACAAAUGUUUCGUCGUCGUGAUUAUACAUUGUAUGUUGUAGUGCAUCUUCUAUGCAUGACCGUGACGAAGGUCAGACAGACGGAUCAUGAAAGUGAACAAUCAAAUUCAAAUCGAAAGCACAUCAACAUCGAUCUUCAUCUAGUAUUCAACAUCUUCUAAUUCCCGCGACAAUCUUGGUCCUCACGGUCGUACGACCACCAGUGAGGCGCAGAUUGAGGCCGUCCGAAAACACUUGUUAAGGGUUUCCGAAUUGCAUUCCUCACUAGCAUCCCUAGCUCUUUUCCCGGUAGAAAAGAAGCCAGGGAUGUUCUGCGGAAUGUAAUUCCGUAACCUCUAAACUUGACUUUGCGCAGCUACUGCCCUGAAGGGACGAUGACUCCUCGAACCCUGUCCAAGAUGCAAGACGAGCAUCCGCAAUUUUUCUCUUCGUUCUUGAACAAUCUGAUCUUGAACAAGGAACGCCUAGUAAACGGAACCUUGCCAGCAGGGAAGAAGUUGGUGAAAUCACAUCUUGCUCUGUUGCAAGCAGCGGAUGAGAUCCACGAUCAUUUGUCGAAG